AUGGAUCCGUAUGAGAUAGAGUUUAUAGGUGAAAACAGAAUAGCUAGCAUAAUACCAAAUUUUUCUUACGACAAAAUCUACUUAAUUUGUGGUGAAUUUGGACCUUUUCGUGCUGGAUUACCUAUGAACGUUCCACUAUGGUUAGCGGUUAUGUUAAAACAAAAACAAAAGUGUCGAAUUGUGCCCCCAGAUUGGAUGGAAAUUGAUAAUUUGGAAAAUAUCAAAGAAGAAGAAAAAAGAUCCAGAUUUUUUACAAAAAUGCCCCAUGAACAUUAUAUGGUAGAAGCAAAACUGAUAUUAGGUGCUGCAUCUGAAGAUAUACCAAAUGCAUCUGAAAUUAAAACAAUUAUCAAAGAUAUAUGGGAUAUAAGAAUGUCCAAACUACGGACUUCUAUGGAUGCUUUAAUGAAGUCUGGCGGUUCUUAUGGUAGACUGGAUCAUUUAACAAUGAUGGAAAUCAAUUCUGUAAAACCACUGCUGCCUUCGGCUAUGAAUGAAUUACUGAAGAUUCAAAUGACGUCUAAGAAGUCAACAUCAGCAACACUGAAUAGUUCUACAUUCAGCCAGUCAGGAACUUCACAAAAUAUGUGA